AUGCGCCCGAAGGUGGAUCAUGCGCCCGAAGGUGGAUCAUGCGCCCGAAGGUGGAUCAUGCGCCCGAAGGUGGAUCAUGCGCCCGAAGGUGGAUCAUGCGCCCGAAGGUGGAUCAUGCGCCCGAAGGUGGAUCAUGCGCCCGAAGGUGGAUCAUGCGCCCGAAGGUGGAUCAUGCGCCCGAAGGUGGAUCAUGCGCCCGAAGGUGGAUCAUGCGCCCGAAGGUGGAUCAUGCGCCCGAAGGUGGAUCAUGCGCCCGAAGGUGGAUCAUGCGCCCGAAGGUGGAUCAUGCGCCCGAAGGUGGAUCAUGCGCCCGAAGGUGGAUCAUGCGCCCGAAGGUGGAUCAUGCGCCCGAAGGUGGAUCAUGCGCCCGAAGGUGGAUCAUGCGCCCGAAGGUGGAUCAUGCGCCCGAAGGUGGAUCAUGCGCCCGAAGGUGGAUCAUGCGCCCGAAGGUGGAUCAUGCGCCCGAAGGUGGAUCAUGCGCCCGAAGGUGGAUCAUGCGCCCGAAGGUGGAUCAUGCGCCCGAAGGUGGAUCAUGCGCCCGAAGGUGGAUCAUGCGCCCGAAGGUGGAUCAUGCGCCCGAAGGUGGAUCAUGCGCCCGAAGGUGGAUCAUGCGCCCGAAGGUGGAUCAUGCGCCCGAAGGUGGAUCAUGCGCCCGAAGGUGGAUCAUGCGCCCGAAGGUGGAUCAUGCGCCCGAAGGUGGAUCAUGCGCCCGAAGGUGGAUCAUGCGCCCGAAGGUGGAUCAUGCGCCCGAAGGUGGAUCAUGCGCCCGAAGGUGGAUCAUGCGCCCGAAGGUGGAUCAUGCGCCCGAAGGUGGAUCAUGCGCCCGAAGGUGGAUCAUGCGCCCGAAGGUGGAUCAUGCGCCCGAAGGUGGAUCAUGCGCCCGAAGGUGGAUCAUGCGCCCGAAGGUGGAUCAUGCGCCCGAAGGUGGAUCAUGCGCCCGAAGGUGGAUCAUGCGCCCGAAGGUGGAUCAUGCGCCCGAAGGUGGAUCAUGCGCCCGAAGGUGGAUCAUGCGCCCGAAGGUGGAUCAUGCGCCCGAAGGUGGAUCAUGCGCCCGAAGGUGGAUCAUGCGCCCGAAGGUGGAUCAGCUCCCCAUCCCGCUCCUUCUGCAUUAAGACAGAGAACACACAAGAGGAAGUUAGUAGGUGGAUCAUGCGCCCGAAGGUGGAUCAUGCGCCCGAAGGUGGAUCAUGCGCCCGAAGAUGGAUCAUGCGCCCGAAGGUGGAUCAUGCGCCCGAAGGUGGAUCAUGCGCCCGAAGGUGGAUCAUGCGCCCGAAGGUGGAUCAUGCGCCCGAAGGUGGAUCAUGCGCCCGAAGGUGGAUCAUGCGCCCGAAGGUGGAUCAUGCGCCCGAAGGUGGAUCAUGCGCCCGAAGGUGGAUCAUGCGCCCGAAGGUGGAUCAUGCGCCCGAAGGUGGAUCAUGCGCCCGAAGGUGGAUCAGCUCCCCAUCCCGCUCCUUCUGCAUUAAGACAGAGAACACACAAGAGGAAGUUAGUAGGUGGAUCAUGCGCCCGAAGGUGGAUCAUGCGCCCGAAGGUGGAUCAUGCGCCCGAAGAUGGAUCAUGCGCCCGAAGGUGGAUCAUGCGCCCGAAGGUGGAUCAUGCGCCCGAAGGUGGAUCAUGCGCCCGAAGGUGGAUCAUGCGCCCGAAGGUGGAUCAUGCGCCCGAAGGUGGAUCAUGCGCCCGAAGGUGGAUCAUGCGCCCGAAGGUGGAUCAUGCGCCCGAAGGUGGAUCAUGCGCCCGAAGGUGGAUCAUGCGCCCGAAGGUGGAUCAUGCGCCCGAAGGCUCCGCCGUGACCCAUCUCCCGCCACUCGUCCUCGUGGAACCACGCGGGCCGAGUGGAAUGGGGGGGUGCCACCAAUGGGUGGCCGUGUUCGAAGGCAUAUGACAAGCUGGGUAUUGUCAAGCUCUGCACCGCACCUGCUUCUCCUGCACCGAGUUCCGGCCCAUAUAUCCCGCCCUUGCAACUCGAGCGCACUGUCACGGGCAACCUGCGGGGUGCUGGUUGCUUCCGUGACAAUUUUGCUUCUCAAAGACAAGCAACGAGAAAAGCAGAGCAUCUCAGGCAGUGGGGCUGUGCGCCUGCAGUACCUGCACCGCCACAUGCUGCUGCCGGGCAUCUCCAAGGCCACCCUGCUGACACCUGGUCGCGCGUGCGUGAUGCGCCCCGGGCCACAGCAACGGCACCGGCUCCCUCCGGAGUCCCUCCACCUGCACCUGCCUUCCUCGCGCACCGCGGAGCGCUCACAGCUGUCGCUACUGAUGCAUUGUCGGGGAAGGCAGCAUCAGCGCGCGCAUGAAGCAGUGGCGCAAGGCGGAGAUCUCACAUCCACGUGCCGUUGGGUUGGGCCAGCUGCCGCCCGAGUCCACCUUGAGAGACCCCGCCUGUGUCGGCACAGCAUGAUGUUCCGCCCGCUCCGUGCGCCAGCCCUCGCUCCCCCACUCCCUUGCCUCCAAGGCUAA